GGAGAUUGAGAAGAUAAAGGAACGGUUCAUCUUCUCCUCUCACAUGUCCGGCUCUAGUACGUGGUGUAGCUUGUAAUGUGUUUCCUGCUCUGAUUAUGAUUUUUCCAUUACAUUUAUGAAAAAUGCUGAAAGCUGCAAAAUCUCUGAAGUCGAUGGAAGGAGCUUUGGAGAAACUUAUCUUCACCAGUGGACUUCACAGCUUUGACGCCAAACAAUCAUUCGUACGUUUCAUCCAGACUCCAUUUACUUGUUCAAGACCUGUAGCUGUUUCUGACUAUAUGGGCUUUUUGGUUGAUUCCACACUACCGAAAACGCCGAGGCACAAGAAUAUGACUUGUGCUGCGAGGAGGAGAAGAGCAUAUUCACAGACGGACACUUAUGUCUUGAUGGAACCUGGGAAGAGUGAGGAGUUUGUCUCAGAAGAAGAGUUGAAGGCCAGGUUGAAAGGUUGGCUUGAAAAUUGGCCUGGCAAUGCCUUGCCCCCAGACCUUGCAAGAUUUAAAACUAUUGAUGAUGCUGUUACUCACCUUGUAAAGUCUGUCUGUGAACUUGAGAUCGACGGAGGACUCGGUUCAGUGCAAUGGUAUGAAGUUAGGUUGGAGUGAGGAAAAUACUAUUUGAUAAAAGUCAGUCCCAUGUUUUAUAUUCCAUGGUCAUUAAUGAAUGAUUUGAGUGUAAAUGUUUUAUUAUCUGCCUUUGUUGUCUGUUCCUAGAACGCUGUUAUUAAGGCUAUGUUUUACUCGGUCUUUACUUAAAUAAUAUUUCAAUUCCCAUGAA